UCGGGGGCUUGCAGAAGCCCUUCCUCGCUGUCCUUUUGACGAGCACGGCUCCGUCUGAGACGCUCUUUGUAAACGCCAGGAAGCCGGGAGGACAUUGUCUCUCUUUUGCGGAGAGGAAUGGCGUGGAACGGGAGACGGAGCGGAGGCAGCCCCAGGCAAGUGAUCGUCUUCCUUCUGUGCGUUUGCGUGUGGCAGAGCGCGGCCGAAAGCCUCCGCUAUUCUCUGGCGGAGGAGAUGGAGAGGGACUCGUUGGUGGGCAAUAUCGCGCAGGACCUGGGGCUUGCUCCGAGCCAGCUGGCGGCUCGCAAGGCGCGCGUUGUGUCCGAGGGGAGCCAGCAGCUUUUCCGCCUGAACCCGAGCAGCGGAGUCCUGACGGCCAAGGAGUCUCUGGACCGGGAGGAGAUCUGUCCGCAGAGCGAGACUUGCACACUGCUCUUUACGCUGUUCCUUGACAAUCCGUUGGAGCUUAUCCGAGGUGAGGUGGAGGUUCUUGAUGUGAACGACAAUUCCCCUGUGUUCCCAAGUAAGGAGAUGGUUUUAAAGAUUCCUGAAACUACACCUUCUGGGUUUCGUUUGCCACUAGAAAAAGCACAAGAUAAGGAUGAGGGCAGUAACAGUGUGCAGAACUACAGCCUCGGAUACGAUUCGCAUUUCUCCCUUUCUGUGAAAUCAGGGAAUGAUGGAGUAAAAUACCCAGAGCUCGUCUUAGAGCGCCAGCUGGACCGUGAAGAAAAGCCAGAGAUUAAUCUACUCCUGACAGCCACUGACGGGGGCUCUCCACCUAGGUCAGCAACCGGUCUGGUUCGAAUUGUUGUGUUGGAUGCUAAUGACAACAUUCCCGCGUAUAAUAGGGAAGUCUACGAGGUGCGCCUGGCAGAGAACAGCGCCAUAGGAGAGCUGGUGGUCAGCGUUUCCGCCACAGAUCUCGAUGAGGGGUCCAACGGGAAAGUGCACUACGCGCUCACAGAGACAUCUAAGGGCUCCCAGCAGCUAUUCGACCUGAACCCUGACACGGGGGAUAUUCGAGUGGCAGGAAAACUGGACUUUGAAGAAAUGAAAAAACACGACAUGACUGUGAGAGCCACCGACGGCGGAGGAUUAUUCUCGCAUUGCAAAGUGCAGGUGGAAGUCACGGACGUAAAUGACAAUGCCCCGGAGAUACAGCUGACCUCACACACUGCCUCCAUUCUAGAGGACGCUCCGCCACGCACCGUCGUGGCACUCUUCAGCGUGCGAGACCGGGAUUCCGGCGACAACGGCAGGGUGGACUGCACCAUUGAUGGAGACUUGCCCUUCACUCUCACACCCACCUUCGGGAAUUUCUACGAGCUGAGAACCAGCGCGGCGCUGGACAGGGAGACGAGGGCAGAGUACAACAUCAGCAUCCGAGCGACGGACUGGGGCCAGCGGCGCCUGAGCGCCCUUGAAAGCCUGUGGGUGCAGGUGGGGGACGUGAACGACAACGCCCCCGCCUUCAGCCAGGAGCUGUACAGCCUGUGGGUGACGGAGAACAACAGGCCGAUGGUGCGCAUCGGGCGCGUGCAGGCGAGCGACGCGGACGCGGGCAGCAACGCGCGCGUGCAGUACGCGCUGGUGCGCGGGGAGGGCGCGGAGCAGCCCGCGCUGUCGGUGAACGCGGAGAGCGGCGAGGUGUACGUGGUGCGGGCGCUGGACUACGAGCGGCUGCGCGCCUUGGAGGUGCGGGUGCGCGCCACGGACGGCGGCUGGCCGGCGCUGAGCGCGCAGGCGGUGCUGCGCGUGCUGGUGCGCGACGAGAACGACAACGCGCCGGUGGUGCUGCACCCGGGCGGCGAGAGCGGCGCGGGCGCGGGCGAGCUGGUGCCGCGCUGGGCGCCGGCGGGCUACCUGGUGGCCAAGGUGGUGGCGGUGGACGCGGACGCGGGCCAGAACGCCUGGCUGUCGUACGAGCUGGCCAAGGCCACGGAGCCGGGGCUCUUCCGCCUCGGGCCGCACAGCGGCGAGCUGCGCACGGCCAGGGCCGUGGCCGAGCGCGACGCGCCCCGACACAGCCUCGUCGUGCUCGUGCGAGACCGCGGCCAGCCGCCGCGCUCGGCCAGCGCCACCCUCGCCGUCGCCCUGCUCCGCGACUUCUCCGACGCCCACGUAAGCCUCGCCCACGACCCGCCGCCCCACGAGCCCGACCACACGCUCACGCUCUACCUCAUCGCCUGCCUGGCCUGCGUCUCCGCGCUCUGCCUGGCCACCGGCCUGGCCGCGCUGCUCAUGAAGCUGCGGCGGGACCGGCGCAAGCGCGCCGAGCCCUUGCCCACCUUCCCGACGGCUGUGGCCGACAGCGACGCGGGCUCCCUUCCCCGCAGCCUGGUGUACGACGUCUGCUUGGCCACCGGCACCCUGAGCAGCGACUUUCGCUUCCUCGGACCCUUCUUGCCCUGCUUCCCGGCCGGUGUGCCCCCUGGCGCAGCCCCACAACGGAGCUCUGUGUCCUCGGAAGAUCCGACCAACAUCCGUGGAGGAGACGACUGGGCUGCACAGGGCAGAGCUCCCCUUUCUGAAGGCGCAGGUCCCACACUUGCAGAAGAAGCUUGUCCUGCAAACACUAGGGUAGAACUAAGUGUCAGUUCUGACCAAAACCCUUGGCUCACCCAUCAGUAAGUGAGAAGAAAGACAAAAUUGUCUUAGACUAAUGUCACACAGGGAAAAAACCAUGGAGAGGCAGAAAACCUACCAAGAAAAGCACCAGUGAGGUAAAAGACUUCUCUGAGAGAGAGGUGAACCCCUCUCCUCUUGAGUAGUGCAUUAUCCAUGUAGGUAUUCUGUAACUGUGAUGUGGAUGGAAGACAAGGAUUAUGGUGCAUGCUGACUACAUUGAGACUGUAUUUCCAUUAUUUUUCAAGCAGCUUUUCCCUGCAUCACAUUUUCUGUGUAUUUUGUCUUAAGAAGAAGGCUCUGCAACAGUGUCUUGAUUUUCUGCAGUCUGGUCAAACCCAAGGAAACAGAUCAGCAGAAGUCAGUAGUGCUUGCAAAGUGAUUUUUUAAUAAUAGGCAGAAGGUGAUCAUGUUAGAAACAGCUGACACUGGCACAUUUUGGCCUCUUUGGCCAAGAAUGGACUUAGAGCAACUUUGUUUCAUAACGUGAGGUGGAAAUGGACAUUUCAAGAUCUUUUUCUGUCAGACUGUUGCAGCAGCUGCUCUGCAGGAUAAGAGCUUGCAUGUACAGACUGCAUGGGAUUGUGACCAAUUGCUCAUUGCAAAGAACAAAAGAAUAACAUCCUGAAAGAAAACAUUCUGCAGAAGCAACCCUUCUAUAGUCCUGUAACGUUUCAUUGGCAGCAUGCUUUGGCUUCUACAUGUGGAUAUACUGCUAGGGACAUGCUCAGGACUUCUACUGCUGCUGUUAGCUACUUUGUCUGCUAAGGUCUUCUGGGACUUCUUCUCUAAACAGGAUUCUUAAGUUCUGUAAUACUGGGAAUUCCACAAGCUAUAAUAAAGGACUACUGGGAAGACUUCUGGGAUUCUCUACUCUCUGCAUUUCUGGAAUUCCAUUAUGUGAUGGGAUUUGUACAUUCAUCACCCAAUAGCUCUCUGUUUUACAAGGAUACUACAGCUACAUCAGUCCCCCAAAACAGGAAACAGGGAGGGGAUUGAGAUGCAAGACCUCAGAGACAUUAAUGUAUUGUUUGAGGUUUUGCACUAAAAUAGACUGAAAGGUCUGAAAGGAAUGCAAGGCAUUACAGAGUCUAAGUCACCGAGAAGCUUUCUGCUUGCCUUUCACUACCCGGUAAUGACCUACAAGUCAUGUGAUUUUGCUGUUGCUCACACAUUUGUAAGUCAAAUACUUGAUGACUGAACCCAAUAAAUCUACUUGCAUCUAUCUUGGGUGAAUCUACUGCCUUGAAGAUCACUCCUUGCAGAUGUUGCUGAGGAAAUAUUCACCAUAUGAGCAGAAUUUGGGGAAUUAUUUCAUUCACUUA